ACAUUCAAAUACAAAUUCCAAGUCAGUUGUUUGUUUUAGUUCUGAAACACACGAACAAGAAAUAAAGACCAAAGCUAGAGAUCAUCAUUUCUUUGGCGUUCUCAUGUACGCAUACAAAUUGAGGCUGGUGCAAUUCGACAGAUACUUUGACACAUUCCAAUUGCAAGAGCCACCAAGUUGGAAUCCCUCGGAUCGUUCGCAUCGCAUUUCGUUAACGGCGACGGCGACGCAGACAAAAAUGCCAAAAUUGGCAACGCGCUGCGCCCCGCACUCAACGAACUGCCACUUCAGACAACCAGCAUUAACUGUGGACACGAGAGAGAACCUCAACAUUGCCAUGGAUAAAUAACAUCAGUAAACUGUCCUGUUACACCAUAUCGAGAAGUUAUCCAAUGAGAAAGCCGCUUAAAUUUUGGAGGAUCUAUGAUGAACGACGGAGAAAAAUAAUAACGCUUUGUUUGUGAAACACUUUUUGAGCGCAAGCAAGGAUUAUUCAAGAUAACAACAUAAAGAAAGCUAAAGCAAAAACAAAAACAAAAAUUACGAAAACGAACAAAUUUCAACGCAAGUUCUCGACAAAAGAAGCCGAAAAACACUUUUAGAGAAUUAUAUAUCAAAGCGAAACCUAACGACGAACCAAAUAAAGAAAAACAAAAUAAAUAAAAAAUUAAACGAAGACCUAAACAAGAAGAGAAAAUAAAAUCAACACAAAUUUAAAUAACAUUAAAUGCAAAGGACAUUCGCAUGUGUGUGGUGGUGGAAAGAAAAUUCAAAACAAAAUUCACAAUUAGAAAACGCAGAAAAAAACGUAGAAAACGUAGACGCAAAAUCAACAGCAACAGCAACAACAGCAACUGCAACUGCAACAAACUGUCAACAACAUCGCGAGCAAUUUUGAAUUGUAACAUUUCGACAAACAAGUUGAGCGAAAGCAAAAUUUCAACGUUUGGCGCAACUAAACGGAGACAGCGAAAGCGAGGGAGAGAAAGAGAGAGAGCGAGCCCGUUACAAGGAUAAGUAACCAGAAGAAUUAGUAGUUCGGGCUAGCUACUAAGUUUUGAAGCAUAGCAAAUACGCACACACGUACACGCACACACAAACACACACAGCCAACGACAUCUCGGACUUACAAACAACCAGCUAAACGAUAAAGAAACGGGUUACAGAUCGGACAACCGAGUGGACUUAAACUUGAAAUUACGCAUACGCCGAUUGAGCGCUACUGCGGCGAAUUACUACACUAAGUUAAGGAGAAGAGCAGGAGAAAGCCGGCCACGACACGCCGACAACAUCGCCAACAACCAAUCGAAGCCAAGGCGAAGUAAACGCUCUCGCAUUAGCUAACAGGAGAAGUGGCCUGCUGCAUGUGUGUGCCUGACGCUGUGAGAGCGCAAUCGAAAGUGCAAGAGAGCAACGCUGCAAAGGCAACGGAGAGCCAACGUGGAGAGGCGAGCGCGCGCUGCUGCUGCUGUUUGGCAUCAUCUUAUGAUGUCAUCAGAGGAGUACGACGCGGACUGUUUUGGUUUGUACAGCGAUGAGAACGAUGUUCUGCUAAAGGCAACGGCAACCACAUUGGAGACAGAGGCUGAGUGUAAGCUGCAACCCCCACAACAGGCAAAGAGCGUAGCAAUUGCGCUGCCACCACCACCAACGCCGCAGCCACUGCAGGCAAGCAACGGCAACGGCAGCGGCAACGGCAGCGGCAACGGUCGCACAACACCAACACAGACAAACGGUAACGACGACGCGGCGAACUGUGGCGAAAACGUUAGCGAAGCGGAGAAGCAUUGCAAAGGCAAAGCCAGCGACUCGGACGACGACGGUAACGACGAAGGCGACUCCGACUCGGACGACGUCGUCGUAAUCGAAGGCAACAACAGCAAGGCGACCGCGAUAGCAGCGGCAGCACCAACCAACAGUAACCGCCGCAGUCGCAGUCGCAGUCGUAGUAGUCGCCGUAACGCACUCAAACGACAAAUCAGUCAGUCUACGGCCGUCGGCAAGACAACAACGUGCGCGGCUAAAAAACUGUUGACUACAGCGACAACAUCAACCAAAGUUGCCAGCAAUUGUAACAGUAGCAACAUUAACUCGAACUCGAACUUAGUGAGAAAUCGUCGCACGCGCACGCGAUCCUUGAGCAAAGACAGUAACAAUAUUAGUAAUAGUAACAGUAAUUUGAAUAGUAACAGUGUUUGUAAUAGUGUUAACAAUAACAGCUGCAGCAACGGCGGCGCAACGGCAACCGCUGCCUUCAUGAGUAGCGCUGCUGCGGCUGCUGCGGGUGCCGCUGGUGGUGCACUCUACACUAACAACAUCAACAUAACCAACAAUAACAACAGCAAUAACAAUAACAGCAACAUCACGAGCAGCUCAAACCAAAGCCCAACGGCAGCAACAAUUGCCACAACAGCAGCAGCAACAACAGCAACUGCUUUAUCCGGCUCCAGUUCGCCGGGCUCCGUUAAUUCGGCAUCAUCGCUGCUCAGCGCAGCCUUUGGCAAUCUAUUUGGCGGCUCCUCGGCGAAAAUGUUAAACGAGCUGUUCGGGCGGCAAAUGAAGCAGGCGCAGGAUGCCACCAGUGGGCUGCCACAGAGUCUCGACAAUGCCAUGUUGGCAGCGGCCAUGGAGACGGCCACCAGUGCCGAUCUGCUGAGCGCUGCUGGGCUGGUCAGCAGUUUAAGUACCAGCAAAUUGCUCAAUAAUAAUAAUAACAACAACAACAAUACGCCACUCAGCAACGGCAAUAACAACAAUAACAACAACAACAACAAUGCUUCUAUAUCGCCAGGAUCGGCGCACUCGUCCACUCCCAAAGGUGGCAGCAGUCGGCGUGUGUCCAACUGCAGCGAUCGCUCGCUGGAUGGUAAUCUUGCAGUAGCAGCAACAACAACAGCAGCAGAUGUUGCCGGUGGCUCGCCCCCACGCGCGGCUUCGGUAAGUUCGUUGAAUGGUGGCGCCAGCAACACCAACGAGCAGCACCAACUGCAGCACGAUUUGGUGGCACAUCACAUGCUGCGCAAUAUACUGCAAGGCAAGAAGGAGCUGAUGCAGCUCGAUCAGGAGCUGCGCACGGCCAUGCAGCAACAGCAGCAGCAACAACAGCAGCAGCAGCAGCAACAUCAUGAGAAACACCAACAGGAGCUGCACUCCAAGCUCAAUAACAACACUACCACCAACAACAACAACAACGUCGUCUCUGAGAGCAUCAAUUUGAUUGAAGACAGCGAAAUGCCAGAGAUUAAAAUCAAAAGUGAGCCUGAACUGAUGGCAACAGCAACACAGGCGCCCCAUUCCCCACACGGCGGCAGCAGCCACAGCCACAGCAGCAACAGCAGCAGCAGCCACAGCCACAGCCACAACAGCAGCAGCAACAGCAUCGCAAGCAAUGGCAGCCUGAGACGCAAAUCCUCCGAUUCACUGGACAGCAUGCCGCGAGAGGAGCGUGCCACGCCCGCGACAACAGUUGAGCCACAGCUCCAGAAUGAGGCGCUGCCGACGAAAAAGGAAGCCGUGGAUGAUAUGCUGGACGAUGUGGAGCUGUUGGGCCUGGCUGGCCAUGGGCAUUCGCGCAACUCUGAUCUGGAAUCGCUGGCAUCGCCCAGUCACUCGGACAUGUUGCUGCUGGACAACAGCAAGGACGAGGUGCUGGACAACGAUGACAUUAUCGAGGAUGACGAGGACGACGAUGAUGACGACGAUGAUUGCAUUGAGACAAAACGUGAGUCCAACACCAGCAGCUCCAACUGCCUCAAGAAACCCGGCAUGGAGCUGAAGCGUGCCCGCGUCGAACACAUUGUGUCCAGCAUGCGCUGCAGUCCCUCCGCAACGGCCCAGGCUGGCCAAUUGCAGGUGAAUGGCUGCAAGAAGCGCAAGCUGUAUCAGCCCCAACAGCACGCCAUGGAGCGAUAUGUGGCCGCGGCGGCGGGUCUCAAUUUUGGCCUGAAUCUGCAGAGCAUGAUGCUCGACCAGGAGGACAGCGAGUCCAAUGAGCUGGAAUCGCCCCAGAUACAGCAGAAGCGCGUGGAGAAGAAUGCGCUGAAGUCGCAGCUGCGCUCCAUGCAGGAGCAGCUGGCCGAGAUGCAGCAGAAAUAUGUACAGCUGUGCACGCGCAUGGAGCAGGAGUCCGAGUGCCAGGAGCUGGACAACGACCACGAACAGGACAUGGACAGCAUGGAGCAGGAACAAGAACAGGAGCAGGAGCCAGAGCCGUUGCAGCAACAAAACGAUGACAUCGAGCUCUCCCACUCGCCCACGCUCACCGAAUCCACGCCCAAGGAGUCAGCGGAACGUGCCGGCUCCAGUUCGCCCACGUUGAAGCCACAGAGCAGCAGCAGCAACAAGAGCAGCAGCGACAAUGUUGCUGCCACCACGCCCAAUAUGCUCACACAGAUGAUGUCCAAAAUGAUGUCCAGCAAGCUGCAGCAUCAGCAUAAUCCGCUGGUGGGCGUGGCGCAUCCAGCACUGCCCCAGGGCUUUCCGCCACUGCUGCAGCACAUGGGCGACAUGUCGCAUGCGGCUGCCAUGUACCAGCAAUUCUUCUUCGAGCAGGAGGCGCGCAUGGCAAAAGAAGCUGCCGAGCAACAGCAGCAGCAGCAACAACAGCAACAGCAGCAACAGCAGCAACAACAGCAACAGCAACAGGAACAGCAGCGUCGUUACGAGCAGGAGCAGGAGCAGCAGCGACGCAAGGAAGAGCAACAGCAGCAGCUGCAUCGCCAGCAGCAACAUUUGCAACAGUUGCAGCAACAGCAGCAGCAGCUGGAGCAUCAUGUUGCCGCUGCUGUGCCACGCGUUCAGCUGCAUCCGCCCGCCCGCCUGCCCACACGCAUGGGCGGCGCUGCAGCUGCUGCUGCUGCUGCCGCACAUAGUGUACUCAAGUCCGAGCUAUCCGAGAAGUUUCAAAUGCUGCGCCAGCACAACAGCAGCAGCAACAACAGCAGCAACAACAACAACAACAACAGCAAUAAUAACAGCUCCAUGAUGCGCAUGUCCGGCACCGAUUUGGAGGGCCUGGCCGAUGUGCUCAAAUCAGAAAUAACCACAUCGCUGUCCGCUCUGGUGGACACAAUUGUCACACGUUUCGUGCAUCAGCGUCGCCUGUUCAGCAAACAGGCGGAUUCGGUAACGGCGGCCGCCGAGCAGCUCAACAAGGAUCUGAUGCUGGCAUCCCAGAUACUCGAUCGCAAAUCGCCGCGCACCAAAGUCGUCGCCGAUCGCGGACACAGCGGCAAUCCGGGCGCCCAGAACGGUCCGACGCCAGCAACACAAUCAGGUAAUAAUGGUUCAAUACUAUUAGCUAAUAGUCAGCAGGCGAGUCAGGGUCAGGGCAACAGCAGCAGUGCUGUCAAUGCAAAUCAGCAGCAGCACCAGCAGCAGCAGCAGCAGCAACAACAGCAGCAACUUGCACAGCAGCAGCAGCAACAACAGACCGCUCAGCAGCACCAACAGCAGCAGCAGCAGCAACAGCAGCAACAACAGCCGCCACAGCCGCAACAUGCCCUAAAUCAAUCGCAAGUAAUGUCUGCCAUGGCAGCUGCACAGCAGCAAUUGCCAAAUUGUCAGCAGCUGAUUGCUGCUCCCCGUCUCAAUGGCAAUCAAUUGUCGUUUGCCUCACCCGCGGCCGCUGCUGCCGCCGCCAUGGGCCUGCAAAUGCAUCAUGCUGCCGCCGCAGCUGCCAUGCAGCAGCAGCAGCAACAGCAACAGCAGCAACAGGCUAGCGAGGCGGCUGUUGCUGGCGGCAAUGCGGUCAAUACUGUUAACCAAACGAAUGCAACUAACAAUAGCUUAAGUUCACUUAAUAUACCACCACCUCACAUACGUCCCUCGCCCACAGCGGCGGCCAUGUUUCAGGCGCCCAAAACGCCCCAGGGUAUGAAUCCGGUAGCUGCGGCUGCGCUCUACAAUUCGAUGGCAAGUCCCUUCUGUCUGCCGCCCGAUCAACAGCAACAGGCCGCACAGCAGCAGCAGCAACAGGCCGCACAGCAGCAACAGCAACAGGCCGUGCAACAGCAGCAUCAGAGCGCCCAACAGACCCAACAACAGCUGGAGCAAAAUGAGGCCUUGAGCCUGGUGGUGACACCCAAGAAGAAACGACAUAAGGUCACCGAUACACGCAUCACGCCGCGUACCGUCAGCCGUAUAUUGGCUCAGGAUGGCGUUGUGCCGCCUAGUGGACAGGCAGCUGCCGCAGCAGUUGCUGCCGCACAGCAACAACAACAGCAGCAACAGCAGCAGCAACAGCAACAGCAGCAGAGCAGCAGUGGCAGCAGCAACAACAACAAUUCAACGCCCGCACAGAGCCCAACGGGUCGCGGCCAAGCCGCAGGCACAUAUCAUCCACCACCACCACCACCACCACCCAUGAUGCCAGUGUCUUUGCCCACCUCGGUGGCUAUACCAAAUCCAUCGCUGCACGAAUCUAAAGUCUUUUCGCCGUACAGUCCAUUCUUCAAUCCGCAUGCGGCGCCGGGUCCACACGGUCCGCAUGGCGGUCAGCCCACAGCUGCACAGUUGCACCACCAGCACCACCAUCAGAUGCAGCUUUCAUCGAGUCCGCCAGGCAGCCUGGGCGCAUUGAUGGAUUCGCGCGACUCACCGCCACUGCCACAUCCGCCAACGAUGCUCCAUCCCGCUCUUUUGGCAGCUGCCCACCAUGGCGGCUCACCGGACUACAAGACCUGCCUGCGAGCCGUCAUGGAUGCCCAGGAUCGGCAGUCCGAGUGUAACUCGGCCGACAUGACAUUCGAUGGCAUGCAGCCUACUAUAUCCUUUUUAAAACAACAACAAUCGCAGCUAUCCGGAGGGCACUCAGUGCCAAUGGUCAACAAUCAUUGCGAAUCCUUGACUCCUCUGCACUCUUCUACAUUGACACCGAUGCACCUGCGCAAGGCCAAGCUGAUGUUCUUCUGGGUGCGGUACCCGAGCUCAGCGGUGCUCAAGAUGUACUUUCCGGAUAUAAAGUUCAACAAAAAUAAUACAGCACAAUUGGUGAAAUGGUUCUCGAAUUUUCGAGAAUUCUACUACAUACAAAUGGAGAAAUAUGCACGACAAGCUGUCACUGAAGGCAUCAAGACACCCGAUGAUCUGUUGAUUGCUGGAGAUAGUGAAUUAUAUCGCGUGCUCAAUUUGCACUACAAUCGCAAUAAUCACAUUGAGGUACCCCAAAAUUUUCGCUUUGUGGUCGAACAGACACUGCGUGAAUUUUUCCGUGCAAUACAGGGUGGCAAAGACACCGAGCAAUCGUGGAAGAAAUCCAUAUACAAAAUAAUCUCACGCAUGGACGAUCCCGUGCCCGAAUACUUCAAGUCGCCGAAUUUUUUAGAGCAACUGGAAUAAGUGGAGGAGUUGGCUAUGCCAACGAUGCCACCACCCCUGAAUCAACCUACGAACCCUGCUACGACUACCACAACAACAACUGCAACAACAGCAAUGCCGAAAGCGAAGCGAAAACAAAAGUUAAAAAGUUAAAUCUACGUAAGAAAUACAACUGGAUAUAAUGCAUACAUAGCAUAUGUAUUAUGUACACACUCACACUAAAGAGGCAACACUUUUCUUAGGUAUUCUUCGUAUAUAUUUUUCUUUUAAUUUUGUGGCCUCUCGUCGAAAAUGAAUAGAAUAACCACAACCACAAGAAAGAAAUCAAAUUGCAAUCGUAAAAUAUUUCUGUAGAGCCGUAAAAUAUUUUUUUAAAAAUUUCGCAAAAUGCCGUCUUCGCUCCCUGGAGCUAAACAAAAGCAACAAAAUACACAAUAAUAGGCGCAAGUCGCAUUAGGUUUGAUGCAACAGCAAAAUCAAAUAAAAACACACUUACACACACACAAUAUAUAUGAACAUGCCUCAGCUUAAAACGUGAGCGCUUAAAAGUAUGCAGCGCUUUUGAUCAUCUACCAAAUGUUGAAAAAGAAAAAGAAAAAGAACAAGAAAUAUAGUGCAAAUUUAAAACCUGAGCCGGUAAAGACACCAGCACUCUCACACUCACACAUACACACACACACACACACACACAAACACAUACACUACAAUUGUAUCUAUACAGAGGGUAAACUGUACUCUGACCGUUGGGGUUACUAGUUGAAAUUUUUUAAAAAAUAUUUUUACUAUACGUUUAUAUUACAAAUACAUACAUAGUUGAGCAAUCUAUUAAUCUACCGAAAGUUGACACACAUUCCAAAGACACAAUCUAAUCACAAACAAACACAUACACACACACUUUUACACUUCGGUACAGUUUUCGUAGGAAUUUAAAGUGUGUUUUUUCAGCCGAUUGAAAAGUUCUUUGCAGCUGGAGCUGUAAAUGAUCCAAUUGCAGACAAACUUUUCUGUACGUCUUUUAGGCGGCAGUGUUGCACAAGCUUUAAAAAAGUGUUAUGCAAUUCUGUCGAAGAACAUAAACUAAAUUAACCAAGUUCAGGUUGCUUAUUUCCUUUUAACAUUAAGCACAAUUCAAUGUCUAUCAAAAAAGCAAAAAAAAACCAAAAAAAAAAGUUAAUCAAGAAAAACAUAAAAAUUUUGCGAGUAGUAUUUUAAAAGAAAAAAAUUAAUAAUAAUUUGUAUUAGCAGCGGGCGUUAGGGUAGUUAAAUUUAUUUAGUGUUAUGCAAAAAAAAAUACGACCAAAGUUUAUUGUUAAUCAGCUAAUGCGAAUGCGAAUUCAAAUGCGAUUUUUAUUUUAAACCAUGUCCCAUCUUUAUAUAAAAAUUUUUGAAUGCACCCAAUUGUGCACGCAUAUUAAUUUUUUAAAAACCAACAAACACACAAACACAAACACACACACUAGUCUGUUAUUUAUGUACAUAUACGUUUAGUUGAAUAGCAUUCGAUUUAAGUUUAUGUUUAGUUUAAUUUACUUGGCCUUAAGUUGCAACAAAUAUAUACAAAAACCAAAUAUAUACACAAAACAAGAAAACCACAUUAUAAUCAAAAAAUUUGAGUUUGUUUUCUUAUACUUAUGUUAUCGAUCCCACGUUUUAUCGUUUUGAAUAUAUGAGCCGCCGGCUGUGUGCCUCAUUAUGCACUUUCAUUUCACACCAAGCAUGGAAAGUGGGCGGGUUAAGAGGGAUAUGUUUGCCUGCUCUGAUCGUUUGGGGCAGGCAAACGGGUGCUGCACUACACCAAUUGCAGCACCCCAAUAAUAACAACAACAACAACAAAAUAACAUUCAUCAAAGCAUGCAAACACAUAAAAACAUCGCGAAAAUAUUGAACUUGAAAAAUAUAAAAGAAAUAUUCCUCAACAACUUUGCGGCAACCAUUCGAAACACACAAAUUUCGGCCCAUCAUGUGCUUUGAGGAGCUCAUAAGCCGGCUUCAGCCGACUCCCCCACCCCUAACGCCCCCUAGCUCUAUUUUAUUGGCUGCAAAUAAGGGAUUAGAGUCGGGAAGAACACCGCUUUAUAUAGAACAUACUUAGCUGAUAUGUUCAACAACAUAAUGCAACAACUUUUGGCAACCCAAUGGAUUAAGCAAAAUUUUUACAAUAGUCGAAUUUUAGCUAAAGCGAAAUUGAAUCGAACUAACAACUUUUAGGCCUAAACCCAUUGAAUAAUGGUAAACUAAACAAAAUUUUAUGCAAUUCGGCGUAAUUAUCACAAAAUUAAACAAAGUAUAAACGGUGAGUUUCCUAAUCUAAUGCAAAAAAUAAAAAAUUAAUAAAACUUUUGGGAAUAUAUUAAUUGAUAUCGAAAUUAAAAUUAAAAUUUCUUAAAAAAAAACGGAUAAAAAGAAAAUUGAAAAAUUCAUAAUUAGAUUAACAAAGCGUACAAACAUAACUUGUUUAUAUUGGCAAAAGAAAAUAUCUAAUUUGAUUUUUAUUUCUUUUCAAUUGUUUUCUCGAGGUUCUCAUUUCAUUUCGCACACUUGCAACAAACACAAAUCGAAAUUGAAAAACUCAAAAUUGAAAGCUCGUUGAUUGUUAAUGCCUUUACAAAAUUUAUUAAGCGAAAACGAUACUAAAAGAAAUACUUUUGGCCCUGAAGUUGACUAAAAAUUUAUUUAAAUACAAUUGUAACUGAUUUUGUGAUAAGACAAAAAAGAAAAAUGCAAAAAAAAAAAACAAAAAACGAAUGAAACAUAAAACAGCAUUAUUGUUUUGGUAUAUGCCAAUAUGGUGGCUACGUGGGGGCGGUGGUCACCCACACUGACCACACGAGCCGCCAUACAAAAUUAUUGAUUGUAAAAAUAGUUAAUUGAAAGAGAUUAAUCUAAACGAAAUUGAAAAGAAUAUUUAAAAGAAAACCUUUAGGCAAUUUAAGGCGUAUUAACAAUAAACAAAAGCUACAAAACUUUCGGCUAAACAAAAAAAACUUUAGGCAAAAUUUUAUAAAUUAAGCAAGUCGAAAUUCACGAUUUUUAACAUGGAAAUGAAAACCAAAACAAACGGAAAAGCCAAAAAACUCGCCAAUGAUCCGUCAAAAUUAAAACAAAUUUUUGCAAAAAUUAAAGUUCUGUUUUGUUUUUAGUUUGUCAAUUUAUUUACUUGUGUAGGUUUUCUAAGAACACACCAUUAAAAAGCACAAAAACAGAUUGUCAUAGCUCAUUUUAUUGACGAUAUUUAAUAUGAGAUAAAAUAAGAAAUUGAAAAGUUUGAAAAAUUUGAAUCAGCCUAUUUAACAUACUUGCGUACCAAUAAGAAGAACAACAAAUACAAUACAUACAUACAACUACAUAUACUAUAUAAAUUGACAUACAUACGUACAUAUUUCAUACAUUUAUACUUACAUACAUAAUUAUACUAUAAGUGAACAAAAACAAAACAAAAAAGGCAUAUUAAUAAUUGGUUAAUAAACAAAAUUCAUUGAGAAAAAAACACAAAAAAAAAAAAACAAACAAAACGAAGAUUGCUUUUUCUUUACAAAAUUCCUUCCAAACUUUGGCAUUGUUUCUUUUUUGUCAACAUUUUUUAUGUUACUUUAUUUUAAUUACAAAAACUAUAUUACAACUUUUGGCAUUAAUCAGAGAACAAUUUUGAUAUCAACGGAAAUGAUUGGCCUUCACCAACACUACAACACUAUAAACUCAAACCUAAAUCACAUGCACAACAACUAACGGUAAGCGAAUCAAUUUCAUAAAACAAAUUAUUAUCGCAGCUCAAGACCGGGAUUCACAAAAGCAGCGGCAGUCAUUAAACUAUAUUCAUAACUCUUUGGCAAUAAACUUUUGAGGCGCUGAAAUUGCGUUUUGUUUUCCCACACAUGCGUCCAUAUGAACGAGAUUUUGGUGUUGAUAAAUUCCAAAAUAUUUAAAUCGAACGCCAUAGCCUAGAGAACAGUUUGAAUCAUUUAUACUACAAAAUAUGUAACUGCUUUUGUGAACCCAUCGAAAUUAUAGUACAAAUACAGCCAAAGUACAGUUUACACCCUAAGUAAAGGGAGAGGCCAGGACAUAGCAUAAGCAACUAAAACUUCAAAGCAAGCAAACCAGACAGCCAGCCAUCCAAACCAGCAACAUCCGACAACAAACUACAAAAUGCAGUGAUCGCAACCAUGCGGCGGCAACCAAAACAGCCAACCAGAAAGAGGUAAACCAGGUAAACAAAUAAACAAAACCACAAAAAUAAUAAGAAUAAGCUGUACGCGCAGUGCUGGUAAACGCACUAUGCGGCAGCGCUACAGUGCUGCAAAGCAGCACAUUCACAGACCGGAAACCAAAGCGAAAGAAUUUCAUUUACUGAUUAACUGAAUGUGAGCAUAAGCACAGCAAAUUAAACUUAAUGCAUAAUAAAAAACCAAAAACAACACGUAAUCUAAAAAGCAAAAACCAAAAUAUAUACUACACGUAAACCAAAUAACAAAUAUAAAUGCAGAUGCAGCCAUAUGCAAUUUUAACUAGAAUUUAAAGCAUUAUUACAGCAAAAUAACAAAAUAACAAAAUACUGAAUACCGCAUACUCUGAAUGAAGAAAAGAUUUAAAUGAGAACAAUUGGUCAAAUUUGUACAUAAAAAUCACAUUUAAAUACAACUACAUACACGUAAUUAAAUAUUACUACAGUUUAAGCAUAAGCAAAACAAACCUAAAGCUAAACCUAAACAGCAUAAUAAACCCUACUCCCUAUGUCAGCCCCCAAGCACCCAACUAACCAACGCAAAAACUAAAGUCAGCCAUGGGCAAAGGCAAUCCUUAUACACAGAGCUUUACUGCAUUGAAAGUGCGCGCAAAUGAAGAUUUUUUUUUACUUUCGAGAACAUGUGCCAAAACAAACCAACAGAUACAUACAUCAAGUUACAGAUACAAAUGUAUCUAAUACAGGACAUAUAUGUAUAUCAAAUAACACAAUGAUUUUGGCAAAAAAGGCAAAAUGAAAUUUCAAAUCAUAAUAAUGAUAUCUGCUUCUAUUUAGGUAAGUUAGUUAAACAUCCUUGUUUUGGAAAACAUCUGAUCACAAAAAAAUAUAAUGAAAAUGAGCACACAAAUUUGCAGUUUAGGUUAAAAGAAACAACAAAAAAAAAAGAAAUAAAACCAAAACGAAAUAAAAUCAAAAUCCAAAAACCAAAAACCAAAACAAAAAAACGAAAACGAAUACUUAAAAUUAUUGCGUUUUUUUAGUAGCAAACGCGAUUCACAAAAUUUUUAAACACUUUUGACCGAAAAUGAAAAAUUAUAUAUAUUAAAAAAGAAAUACAACAACAAAAAGUUUUGAGAACAAUGUAAAUUUUUAUCACUUAUCUGGCGAAGAGUAUCAGAGAAUACCAAUUUUUGAGCGCAUCGUAAUGGAUGCGCCGAUUUUUUAGUUCACAACUGCAAUAGAGCAGCACAGCCAGUGCAAUACUUUUGGCGCACACUGUGCUGCACACAAACGGAUUAAGUUCAAAUAAAUGAAAUUUUUCCAAUUACCGAACAAAUAUAAAGCAACAAUUUUAAGCAUCCUUAGUUCUCAAGUUUAUGAAAAGAUUUUGGCUUAUGAUAUAAAAGAGUAAAAAUAACAACAAAGUUAAAAUUCAAAAUUCGAUUGAUAUAUAUAUAUUAUACACACAAAACACACUCACGCACAUACACAUACACAUACACAUACACACACACACACAUGCUGCACAUGUUUGUGAAGCAAAAAAUCAAAAUAUAAAAAAAGUUGCAUAACAUUUACCAUAAUAAUAUUAACAAAUAAAUAACUAACAACAAAUUGAUAACUAAGUAUUGAACAAUUUAGUUUUAACAGCCAACAAUAGCCAGGGAAACAUACACAACUCGUAUGUGAUAUUUUUGAGUUAAUCUCUCAUUUAUUUUUACUGAAACGCAUAUACAGCAAAAUAAAAAAAAAAACAAAAACAAAAACAACAACAAAAAAACAAUGUAACAAGCCCAGUUCAAUGUGACAAUACAAACGAACAAGAACAACCAAAUAUUAUUAUAAUAUUAACAAUAAUUAUAAUAAUAGCAACAACAUGCACACACAGCACUUCCAACAGCAACUUUUUUUGGGUUGUCUACACAUAUCAAAAACCAAAACAAAGAACCCAACCAUAACGUAACAUGUUUUUCUGUUCAGUCUUUAAGCCAUCCUUAGUUCAAAUUUAAAACAUGAUAUUUACCCAGUAUAACAAAUAACAUAUAUAAAAAAUCUAUAAAUAUUAUAAGUGUUUAUAUAGUUGAAUUUUCAAUGACUAAACCAAAUGUCUAAACGAAUUUUAUGCCACAGUUUCAUUUGCAAUAGUCAAAACGUGCCAACCGCGCGUACCGGGAUAAUUUAUAGUACAAUGCAACAACAAAACAAAAAACAAACAAACAAACAACAAAUACAUACCAAUAAAUUUUUAUAAAACUAUUUAUAUUUUUAUAAAAAAAUAAUAAACAAAACAAAAACAAAAACAAAAGAUCGAUUAUGAAUUAACCACAACAACAACAAUAGCCAAUUAGCAUAAUAAGCCAAAACUUUUAGUUGACAAUUCAAACAUUUUUUGUUCACAAUUUAACUACAGCAACAUUUAUGUUUUAAGUUUAAAAGAAAAAAAGAAAAACAAGAAAACAGAGCAGAAAACUGCCAGCUGCUUUUAGGCAUGAUAUGAGCGGAAAAGAGUGAAACAAUUUGCCACGAAAUACAAUUGAGGAGAGACGAUGCAAGCACAUGCCAUAUACGAAAUUAACAAUAGAAUCCAGAAGAAAGCCAAAUGUGUCGAAGACUCGAAGACGGAGAGACUGGAAUAUGACCCUAAAAUGCCUGCCUGCUACAAAUAAAAAAAAUACAAACAAAUAAAGAAAUAUUCGCCCAGCCCGUGUGCUUGCAACAACAAAACUCUGACAUUGUAUGAUAGCGUGGCAUGCCUCUUGCCACCAACCUAAGCGAAAUUCGCAGCAGCAGCAAGAAUAGACAACAAAAUAAGUGAUAAAAACAAAACAACAAAUAAAACCUUUUGUUUCACAAUUCUCUUACGAAAAACUCACAAUCAAUCAAUUGAUAUGAAUCACAAGCAUUGCGUGCGUUAAACUGAUCCAAUUUCUGACAAGGACGAUUGCGGCGACUGCGCCUGCGCGUAUGCAACAGAAAAUAACUGCAAGCUCCUUUGGUUUACUCUCUCACACACUCACGCAGACAGCAAUACAAAAUAGCAACAAUAAACAAGCGAUAAAUUGAUCAAGCAAUUCGAGCAAAAAUGUGCGCCUCAACGAGCCACAGACAAUAGCCCAGCAAUAUUAUUCUUAUUUUUCCAAUGGGCGCCAUCUUUGUAAUUCCCCGAGAAUUAAAGUGGCGCCAACCAGCCGUAAAAACAGAAGUACAACCAAAUCAAAAACAAAUAUUGGCACCAUGAAUCGCACAGAUAAUUGACGAUAAUGUUGAAAAUAUAUUCUGUUGCCCCGCUACGCGAACAGCCGUCAAACUAAUUUGAAUCUAUACGAAAUAUAGAUACAACAAAAACAUAUAGAUAAACCCAAAAUAGAGCGCCGCUUGUCAGAAAUCGCCUCAGGCGUUUGUCAAAAUUCUACAAAUAUUUUUUGUAAAAACUGUAGGAGCAAACGAAAAACGCAAUUUUAUCAAAUGAUAUAUAUAUGUAUAUGAUAGAUUAUUGAUUUUCAGUUUCCUAAUUUUAGUUGAAUCUCAGUUUUGUUGUUUUUUCGCUUUUACUUUUCAUAAAAGCGAAACCGACACAAGACGUAUGUAGGUGACACGCCCCCUUGUGCGUGUGUAAAAUAUGUAUAAAAAAUAAAAUAAUAUACAAAAAGAAAACAAAUAAAUGAUAAACACAAAAAAAAAAACAAUUAAAAGCAAACAAUAUUUAUACAGAGACUGCAAACAAAUGUGAUCAGAUAUUUUAUAAUAAUAUAAGUUUACAAGAAACCGCUAAAAACAAGUAAUAAGAAAGCCAAAACCAAAAAUCUCUAGUAUUUAUUGCAAUAGCGAAACAAAUCAAAAUCGAGAACAUCCACUAAAGAACAAAGAACAACAAGCGCAACCUUGUAAACAAAAUGUAAGUCAAUAUUAAAACGUAAGUGAAACAAAACGAAAAACAAAAAAAAAUAUUUAUAAUAAUAUUUUUUACAAUAGCAUAUACAAAAAACAAUCUCUAAAUAUAGCAAACGACAAAGAAACCGAGCGAGAGCCGCAGCCUAGCAGACAGUCCCCCCUCCAACCCCCCGUCGAGGAGCAGGCUGCAGCUACUUGCGCAACAGUUGCCUUUCACAGAAACAAUUUACCGUUUAAGUUACAAAUAGUGAAAUAGACAAAACCAAAAUGGCGGCGGUCUCAACAGAGCGUUGCCACAGUUUUCAACCAGUUUUCAGUUAACAAAUGUUUAAGUUCAUUAAAUACAACAACAACAAGAACAGCUGCAAAAUGCUGUUUAUUUAGUUAACGGUUCAUACAAAGAUUAUAUUUAGUUUUAGUAGGAGUGAAGAGUGAAGUAGAAGAACAGCAAGAGCAAGAAAGAUGAGUCAUGAAUUAAGAGCUCAAAGCAGUAACAAAAACAAUUCAAGCCUCAAAACUUGACUAAAAAAAAAACAAAACCAAUAUCAAAAACAAACAGAAACCAUAAAUAGUAACUUUAAAAAAACAAUUUUCCAAUCUGUUAUAUGAGUUAUAAUCUUUUAACUAAGUAUAGAUGGAUAUAUAUACCUAUAUACAUAUAUAUAUAUAUAUAUAUUUUGUUCAUACAACAACAACAAGUUUAGGUACAUUUUGCUAUGAUUUUGCGAGCUUUCAAAAAAAAUGUCUUUCAGUUCUGAACAAUAGUGCCGGUAAUAUUAUUGAUAUAAGUAACUAUAUACAUGAAUAUGUAUACAAAUGUGUAUACAUAUAUUUAAAUAUAUAUGUACAUAAAAUGCAUACUCUAGACGUCAUAAACCGUAUUCCAGCAUAGCUAACUAAUGCUCUAAAUGUACACUGAAUGAAAUACACCAGAAACAACCAAUUCAAAUGAUAUGCAACACACAAUAACGGAUAAAGAAUUUAUUUGCGCUCAAUUUUUUCUAGCAUAUAUAAGCGAGUGUUUUAAGACCGCCUUUUGCCCAGAAUCUGUCUACAAACCAAAUGCCCAACCCCCUUACACAAACACACGUAUCCCCCAUAUAUGCAUCAUUCCACAUGCCCUAUAAAUAUAUAUAACUUAUUAACUAUAUAAGAUGAAGUAAAUCGAAAAAAAAAAAACAGACAAAAUAAUAAUAAAGGUAGUUGCUAUUUUAAAUAUGUAUUACAACAAAUAAACAAAACGAAAAAACUAUCAUUAAAUAUGCAGCACAGUAUGCAAUAAAUGUUGAGCAGGAACCAGAAACCAAGCAGACCCAAAAAACCGCAACAACAGAAAAAAUAGCAAAACAGCAACAACAACAACAACAGCAACAGUCAAAAACAGAAAUGUUCCAAUCCAUAAAACAAAAACUCAAUACAAAAAUACGUAUGAUAUUUAUAUCCUUUUUUACUUACACGUAUAAUCAAGAAAAAAUGGAAAAGAACUCAAAUCAGUCAAAUCGGAGAGGCGCCGCCUUUAGGUUUAAUUUUAUGCACAUACAGCAACACUAUAGCCACACACACACACACACGUACACACACACAAUGCAGUCAAAGAAAAAAAAAAACAAAAGUCAAUGUCAGCAUAGGUAUGAAAACUAAGCGUACUUAAAUAAAUUACAUAAUUAUAAAGAAACAAAAACAAAAGCAAAACCAAAACCAAAAUCAAACAUAAAUUUCUACUCAUAGUUUAGCAAUCGUAAUUAAUUUAUUUUUUGCAAUUAACUAAGCAAAUGGACACAAAGCAAUUCGCAUAUAGGACAUAACUUACAUAGUUCCCAAACCGACUAACUAAUUAACUAACUACAAACAAACAAAAAUAAUAGAAAUUUUCGCCAGCCAACAACAACAACUACACAACAGCAAAGCAGCAACAAGAAGAAGAAGAAGAAGAAGAAGAAGAACAACAACAACAACCAUAUGCCGUUCAAUUAACAACAAUAACAACCGCUAAGAACUAGAACUAGAACUACUUAGACGCCAAUCAGUUAUCAAUUAGCUAACCUAUGAUUUAACAGCAACUUACACUAUACAACAAAACCCAUGCCCAGCAAACAAAACCAAUGUCUCGACACUGAAAAAUUUCAAUUAAAAGCA